AUGAAUCACAGUUAAAAAUAGAUUAUUUAUUUAUUUGCUAUUGGAUUCCUUUUAGCAAUAGUAGAAAGCUAACUUACAAUUAAAUCUUAUAAUUAAUUUGAUUUUAGCAUCAUCGAAGAAUUGAAUUGUGUAUUUUACCGCUCAGGUGAAAAAAGUUUCUCUACUUGGACUUUUAAAUUUUUUGUUCAAAACGAUAAUUAUGAUUCAUAAUUGAAGCCAGAAAUGGUUUAAAUGUAUAUACCAUAUUAUUAUAUAGAUAAUAAUUAAGUUAAUAUGAAUUCCAAUUAUGGAGGUGAAUUUAUUUCUUUUGACUUAAGAGUUGAUUUUAAAGAUUUUAGAAUUGAUUUUUAAAACUCAAUUGGAAUGGACUUUUACUGUUCGGCUCAAGCUUAAGUGAAAAAAUAUGGUUAGUAUUAUUAUUUUGUCUGUUUAAAUGGAUACAUUUUCUAACAUAUGGAUUAUUCAGAUCUUGGAGAUAAAUCUUAAAUUUUUAAAGAAACAAAAAUAUGUUUUCACAAUUAUUAAGAUUAUAUGAUUUUAGAUGAUAUUUUAAUAUACAAAUCUUAUAUUAUCAAUUUCAAUUCUCUCAGUAUCUAUUAAUGUUAUUUAACUUUGGUUGAUGUAAUUUAUUAGCAACUUUUUUAAAAUUAUUUUCCUCUUAUUUUUAAUUAUUAUAAGAAAAUAAUUAUAAAAGAAUUUAAAUAAUUCUAAAAUAAUAAAUAGAAAUAGUUUGACCUAUUUGUAUACAUAGAUGCUAGCAACAUAAUAAAUAUUUGCUAAUUAGAUGUUAAUUCAAAUAAUUUUUAGUGCCUAAAGUAUUUAAGGAUAGGUCCAGGCAACUCUUAAGACUUUAAUAAUUUAUUUAUUUCAAAAGUUAUAUAAUCUAACGGAAUAAAUUUAUUUUUAUAUGCUCUAUAAGGUGACAAAACAUACACUUUAUAUGAUUUCAGCGCUUUUACUGUUUUACAAACUUCUGGUUAAAUAAAAGAUAUUGAUAACAUCAAUAAUUCUAUUUAAAUACAAAAUGUAAUUAUGGUCUACCAAUAAUAAAAUAUUGCUUAAAAAAUAAUUUUCAGAUAUAAUAUCCAUACAUAAAAAGUAGAUAUUACUUAAUUAGAUUGGAAGAACUCAUAAUAUACGUUUUCAAAUAAAAUAAUUGAUACUAUUUAACCUGCUCCUGCUUCUGCUUCUGGAAUAUUGCUAAAUUUUAAGAAUGAUAUGAAUUUACAAUAUAAUUAUUAGAGUGAAAUAACAGCUUUAUAAUUAAAAGCAAGUAAUACUGGGUAAUUAUUUAUUAUAAUUUGGAAUAGAAAUUUUAUUCUGGCCAUUUGCAGAGAUUAUUGUAUUGAUUGUUAGUAAGCAAUAGACAAUCAGUAGUGUUAAUAAUGUUUAUUAAGCUAUUUUCUUUAGCCUGAUAACAUUACAUGUGAAAAAUCAUGCCCUAGCUUAUCAAUAUAAAAUAAUGCUAAUUUGACUUGUGAUUGCGUUUAAAAUGCAAUCUUAAUAAAUAAUUAAUGUUAGUGCGAUAGUUAGUCUUAUAUGGAUGGAAAUGCAUGUAUUUAAUGCUCUAUUCCUAAUUGUAUUUAGUGUAAAGAUUCUAUAACAUGUAUGAAAUGUUAAUAAGGAUACUAUUUUUUUGAAGAUUUCUCUUGCAACACUUGCAAUAUCUCAAACGGUUAUUACAUAAAAGCAUAAAAUUGUUUUCGUUGCUUUCAUUCAUGUUUGACAUGUGAAGGUCCUAAUCAAAAUUAAUGUCUAAGUUGUAAACUUCCAGAUUUUUAUAUGUUUUAAGAUAAGCUAUGUAAACCAUGUGAUGUUAAAAACGGCUAUUUUAUCAAUAAUUAAAAUUGUCUUUCUUGUUUUGAAAAUUGCAAGACAUGUUUAGGUGCUAAUCAAAAUCAAUGUACAAGUUGUUAUGAGGGUUAUGACAGCAUCAAUAAUUUUUGUUAAUAAAUAUUUUUAACUUAUAAAUCUCAGAUUUUUACUGAAUAAAAGAUAGAAUAAAUUUAACAUUUAUCUUCAUCAACAUCAUCUGCGUUGGUUGUUAGCACUACAGUUAUGAACUUAAUUCAAAAUAUAGGAUCUAACUCUAGCUUUGGUAUCUUAAUUUCUAGCCUAACAAUAUAAAAACUAGCUUAUCUAUAUCUUUUGAAUGUAAACUUACCAAAGUAAAUUUACUCCGCAUUAGAAAUUUUAUCUGCUAACUAUUAGAUAACUAUUUGA